AUGUUGGACCGGAAAUAUGCGAAACUGAUUGGUGUCAUUGACCAAGGUACCAGCAGCUCGCGUUUUGUUGUAUUUUCGGCGAUAACGGGAGAGGUUAUUGCCAAACAUCAGAUUGAAAUUGGUCGAGAACACCCGGAAUCAGGAUGGGUUCAGCAGUCUGCAGACGACAUCUAUCAAACUACUUUAAGUUGCAUGAAUGCCGUUGGCAAAUUGUUGCGAUCUCUUGGUGUUCCUGUCAAGAAUAUUGCUUCAAUCGGCAUCACAAACCAACGUGAAACUAUAAUUGCAUGGGAUAGCAAAACAGGUGACCCUCUCUGUCCGGCUAUAGUAUGGUCCGACUCCCGAACGUCCGAUCUGGUUCAAGUUUUUAUUGACAAAACCCCGAUGAAAGAUAAAAACACGUUUCAGAAAAAGACUGGCCUAGCGAUUCACAGCUACUUUUCGGCACUAAAGAUCCGAUGGAUGCUAGACAAUGUACAGGCUGUACGGGAGGCAAAUGAAGAUGGGAGGUUAAAAGUCGGCACUGUCGACUCCUGGUUGAUUUACAAAUUGACUGGUGGAGCUCGUGGUGGCAAACACUUAACGGACGUCACCAACGCUAGUCGCACCAACCUUUUUAACAUUAGAAAAUGUCGAUGGGAUAUGGAAUUGUGCAGUUUCGUCGGCAUUGAUCCAAAAAUUCUUCCCAAGGUCAUCAGUUCUGCCCAGGUCUACGGCCAUGUGCACGACGAUGACUGCCUUUUGAAAGGGGUCACUAUGGGUGGCAUCCUCGGUGACCAGCAAGCUGCCUUAGUGGGUCAGACCUGGGAUCCCAACCCUGAUUCCAACAGUCCUCGGCCCCACGUAAAGGUCACUUAUGGAACUGGGGCAUUCCUGCUCUGGGAUAUUGGAGAAGAACCGUCCUUUUCCCCUCACGGUCUUCUUACCACAAUCGCCUACCAAAUGGGACCUACGGCAAAAGUUCAUUAUGCCCUUGAAGGGGCUGUAGCCUACUCUGGAGCCACUAUGGACUGGUUGCGAAAGAAACUGAAACUCUAUGACGACCACAAAGUUGGUGACGAGCUCGCAAAGCAAGCUCUCAUUGAAAACCAUGGUGUAAUUGAUGGUGGAAACACAGGCCAAUUAACAUCCCUAAAGACCAUGGACGCCUGUUACCUUGUGCCGGCUUUCUCCGGCCUCUUCUGUCCCUACUGGAGGGAGGACGCAAGAGGCGUCAUCGCAGGGAUUGGAGAAGGAUGCACCAAUGGGGACCUUAUCGCUGCUGGAUACCGGUCUUCGGCAUAUCAGACACAGGAGGUAUUGCAGGCAGCGUGUGAGACUGACAGAGGGCCGAAAAGACGCCCACCAAGGGUCAUCUCAGUCGACGGCGGCUUGACAAACAGCUGCGUUCUCAUGCAGAGUUUGGCCGAUAUAACUGGUUCUAAAAUAAUUCGUCCGAACAAGUCCGAUGUGAUGACUGCUCUUGGUGCUGGAGUUGCUGCUGCCAUCGCCGUGGGAAUUGACCCCACAGACCUCCUGUCGAUUCGACAGCACGAAGGUGGGGAGCAGGAGGCCAACACGUUCCGACCUCUUGUGUGUCCCAAGACGCGUCGCAUGUGGAUAAGGGGCUAUAAGAACGCGGUCCAACGAAGUCUUAAUUGGCAAACCGACGCCAUUGCUGCUGCCGCCGAUUCAGACGACGAAGAAUAA